GACAUUACUAUUAUUAAUGUUUUGGUUCAACACAGAGGAAAUUGCCAGGAAAGGGGAAUUGUGAAGGCAGAAUUUCACAUAUUCUACAUCAUAUUAUGCAACCAUAAUAUGAUGAAAGAUUAGCAAAAUGACUAUUUUACCAAAGAAGAAGGUUCAACAGGAGAAAAGGGGCGCAGAAAGUGGUGAAAAUCAUCAACAUCAUGGACACAAUAGUCAUCACCAUCUUGCACAUAAUUUAGGUCACUCUGUAUCGCAUUCUACAGGAGAAUCAAGGGGAGGAGCACGGCCAAAAUCUCGUAAUUCUCCGCCUCGUUGGAAUGCAAAUAACCAAAGAGAUGAUAGACUGAGUAACCAUGAUGCAAGGACUAGUUAUGAUUCUCAAGAAAGAAGAGAAAAUUCACAUGGAGGACAUUCUAGUAAUAAAAGGGCGAGGCACCGGUCGUCCCCUCAACACGAAUAUAGCGAUUUUGAGUAUGAUCACGCAGGAGCUGUGUCAUGGACUCCAAACAAUUCGACGAACUCACAGGCCGAAAUUAGAGGCUCAAGCCCUAGGGAAAGCGAACAAGAUGAAGAAGUCGAUGCUGUAAAUAGUGGCGAUGAGCAUGAAGAAAAUACAGAAGAAACAGAGAAUAUAGAAGAGAUUGAAGAACGGUUUGCCCGAGCUUUGAAAGAGAAGAAAGGUUUCAUCAUCAAGAUCAUGGUUCCUGAUGGAGCAUGUUUAUUCAGAUCAGUUGCUGACCAGGUUUAUGGAGACCAAGAUUGGCAUAAUAUUGUUAGAGGACACUGUAUGGACUACAUGACAAAGAAUGCAGAUUACUUCUCACAAUUUAUCACUGAGGAUUUUCCGACGUAUAUUGCCCGGAAGCGUCUAGACAGUUGCCAUGGUAACCAUGUAGAGAUGCAAGCCUUGUCAGAGAUGUACAAUCGUAACAUCGAGGUUUAUAUGUACAGUACAGAACCUAUCAACACAUUUCACACCCUGAACAAGACAGACAAUGAUCCUAUACGUGUGAGCUACCACCGCAACGUUCACUACAACUCAGUCGUCAAUCCACACAAAGCUACAGUAGGAGUGGGUUUAGGAAUGCCCUCAUUUGUACCAGGGCUUGCGGACAAGACGUUGAUGCGAGAAGCUAUCCAUAUAUCAGAGAAGUCUGCCAUCGAACAGACCAUGUUGCAGGAUAAAUUGCUCGCCACAGACUGGGAGGCAACCAACGAAGCGAUUGAGGAACAAGUAGCGAGGGAAUCCUUUGUUCAGUGGCUCAAGGACAACGAGAAAAGAGCAGAGAAGAAAGCACUCCCUGCUACAGCUACCUGUAGUUCUGCACCACCAGACUCUCCCCCAGGAUGGUGGGGUGAGGCCAACCAAAAGUCUGGUGCCAGCCAAGGCGGCCACCACUCUGGCAAGAAGCACCCUAGCGGAAAGCACAACAGCGGAAAACACUCCAGCUCCCAUCACGCGCUGAGCGGCCAUCACCCUUCCUCUGGACAUCACUCUGGUGGUCAUUUGGUCACUCCACACCAUCAAAGCAGUCAUCUGGUCUCCCCACACCACCCCAGUGGACACGUGGUAGGUCCUCACCAUCCCAGUGGACGUCUGUCGCCAAGGAACAGGGGCACUGGCAGUGGGUCCAGACCAAAUAGCCCUGAGAGACUCGAGGCAGCAAGGCUGAGACCUUUAUCGCCUAAUUCAAUCCGGGGAAGGAAUGCAGAGAAGAAAGCGCAACAACAGCAGCAGCAGCAGCAGCAGCUUUUGUCAAAAGCAGAUCGUCCCACAACAAGUGGCCACAUCUCUAAUCCAGCUUCUCCCCAAGGCGCCCAUGCCAGGGACACGGCUAGUCCCAAGGCAGGGCCCAGUGGCUACAACCCACCUACGGCCUCCCAUGGAAUGGAGGAUAUACCACCAGAAGAAUUCGGUAUAUCUGAAUGGGAGUCUGAGGAUGCUAUCCUAGCCUCAAUUCUUGCCCAAUCCCACCAGGAGUACCUAGACACCCUCAUACGUAGCACUCACAAGGACACCGAUUCAGACAGUUGACCUGGAGCGAGGACAUACAUCACGUUUCACUCACAUCUCUUUCAAACAUCAACUUUGCCUAAAGAUAGCCAAGUCCCCCCACCCCCCCCCCCCCCCAUCUCCCCACACUUUUGUUAGGGCUUGUAUCCCAACUUCACAAAACAUGUUUAGAGUUUCUGAGCCAGUAUAGCUAUAGCUGCUUUCUGAAUUUCAGUUCUUUUCUGGUAGUUAUCUUGCCUGUUUCUUUCUGGUUUGUUAUAAAACUUGAAUUGUGUGAAGGGAUCGUAAUGCAGCCGGAGUCGGAGUCGGAGAAAUGGUAAAGAUGUAAAGGUAGAUAUUUGUAGAUGUACAAUAACGUCGAGAGAAACAAAUCAAAUCAAAUAUCAUGUAUGGACCAAGUUACAAGCAAUAUAAGAAAUGUUGAUUGGAAUUGUAGAGUAGAAAGAUUUCUAGAUGUGUAUGAAAAGCCUAGAAUGAAUUAUUGUUUGUCUAGACUGUUCCUUUUUUAUGUUCAACAGUAAAUAAUCAACAGGAAAUGAAUGAAUUCUUCCAUUUUUAUCACUAGUUAUUAGAAGUUUUAUUAUCAUGGUUAUAAUAAUAAUUUGUUAUCCCAAUUUAAUUUUUUUUCUAUAUUGGAUUUAAUAUUUGUAGUCACCAUGUUAUGCAUAUAUCUUGCUCUGAAACAUUUUUGAAGAGCUUUCUUUAAUAUUAGCUGUACGGUAUCUAGAGACUGGCAUUCAGUGAUAAUGGUAUACAUGUAGGUAUGUGAAACACAUUUACAUUUCAACUGCAUUUCAUAAUCUAAAUCUUUUAGUCAUUUAUGUGGUGUGCAUUCAUGGGGAUAGUUUGUUUGGUUAAUAUGAAUAGUAUCAAUUCAUAUAGAAAACAAUGGUCCGCUGACAUACAUCCUGUUUUCCUAUGCAGAUUAAUAACAAUAAGGGCUGUAAAUGUUCUGUGCAUGUGUGAACAACUCCAACUAACUGGUUUAGGCUUCAUUCUGCAUGGGGUUAGUUACAUACUAACAUGAGCAACUACUUCCUCUGUGGUACCAAUUAACAACGAUUACAAUGCGUUCAUAUUCACAUGAUAUGGAAUCAUCUGAUGUUAUUAUGAUAGAUAUAUAAUUAUUAUGCAAGUAGAACUGUCUUGCUGUGCAUGCU